AGAUGGACAAGGAGAUCUACUAUAAGUCAGCCAGAACAGAAGGGAAUCGUGAGACCUCCUUCGUCAAAUUGUCAGCUCUGCUAAAAGAGAGACUUCCAGGAAAAAUUCUUCAACUCAUGAAGCAGCCAGGCUAGUGUUAAGAAACACACCUCAACCUUUGUGCUUCUACUCCAGGAUGCAGUGGGAAACAAGGCAUGCAGAGAGCAAAUAAAUUCUGCAAGAAAGGCUUUUUGCAACUCCUUCCCAUUUUUGGAAAGUGUAAUGGCUGGCGGUGAAGACAGUGCAAAGCAUCCUGACUCAUAACUGUGGCCACAUUUAACAGUGAUCCUACAGUGGAAAAUGGGGAAUUCAGAAAGCCAAUACAGUCUUCAGGGAUCAAAAACUCAUGCUGCUGCUACAGCUGGCGCCAAGCAGAAGCCUUGCUCUCUAAAAAUCCGCAGCAUUCAUGCUAAAGAUGAAAAGUCUUGCUCCUUGCAUGGAUGGGGACAUACCAGUAGUGGCUCAAAUUAUAAAUCGAGGUCCCUUGCCAGAAGCUGCCUUUCCCAUUUCAAGAGUAGUCAGCCUUAUUCAUCUAGACUCAGUGACACUGUGCUGAAGGUCCCUAAAAGCAAUGCCCAUGCCAAACACAGGACAAAUGCCUCAGGGGACUACUGCCAAGGAAGCAACGCAACGUUUUUGCCUGAGAACGGUUUCCACUAUAUUGGCCUUCAAGCUGCAAGUAAUCAUGCUGCCUCCCGAGAAUGCAAUGGACACAUUUUAAAUUGCUACGGAAAGAAUGAAAGUCUUGCAUCAACCUCACCAUCAGAGGACAGGAGGAGUCCAAAAGUCCUCAUUAAAACACUGGGGAAACUGGACGGCUGCUUGAGGGUCGAAUUCCACAACAGCAGCAACAACAAAUUACCUACAGAGGAGUCCAGUGGACCAGUCCAGUUGUUGAGGUAUUCACCCACUUUAGAAUCUAAAUCGAAUAACCUGCUUGAUGUCAGGAGGAACUCCAGCGCAGACUGUUCUUCCAGCCAUCGUCUGUCACCUACUGACUCAAGGCUUCGAUCUAGUAAAGGAAGCUCCCUGAGCUCCGAGUCUUCAUGGUAUGACUCUCUCUGGGGAAAUGCUGGGGAUAUCAAUGAGCUGGAUGGUCCAUAUUUGACGAGGAGCACUCCAGAUACGAGCAUUCAUGCCAGUUUCCCAGCAAGCGACAACAAGAAGUCCUUCAACCAAAGUUCAUCUCUUUCCUCACUCCGAGAUCUGUAUAAGGAUACAAAUUUGGAAAGCACCCCUCCACCUGGGAUCAGGCUGUCUGAUGAAUAUAUUGACACUCAUGGCAGCUUAAGCAACCGUGUAUCAUUUGCCUCAGACAUUGAUGUUCCCUCCAGGGUAGAGCAUGGAAGUCCUGCACAUUACUCCUCCUACACGCUUCCAUGCAGAAAGUCUAAGCCCCUCAGUGAGGAUGCAUCCAAGAAGGAUACGUUAAAAAACCGAAUGCGACGCAUCAGUGAUUGGACAGGAAGCCUCUCGAGGAAGAAAAGAAAGCUGCAGGAGCCAAAAUGUAAAGAAGGGAGCGAAUACUUUGACAGCAGAAUGGACAACUUCACUACAGACGCUCUGGCACCAUCCCAGCUUUCCAGUUUGCUGUGGUCACCUGGCUCCAGCCAUGUCCUGUCCCAUAGAAGUGAAUCCACUAACGCCAUCAGCGGUGAUGCCCUGAGGCAGAACAUUUAUGAGAACUUCAUGCGGGAGCUGGAGAUGAGCAGGACAAAUGUUGAGAACACGGAGACCUCAUCAGAAACCGAAGACUCCAGCAGUGAGUCGCUCAGCUCCUUAGAGCAGCUGGAUCUGUUGUAUGAGAAAGAGCAAGGAGUGGUGCGCAAGGCAGGGUGGCUGUUCUUCAAACCCCUGGUGACUCUGCAGAAAGAGAAAAAACUGGAGCUGGUCACACGGAGGAAGUGGAAGCAGUACUGGGUAACCCUCAAAGGUUGUACCCUGCUGUUUUAUGAGACCUAUGGAAGGAAUUCGAUGGAACAGAGCAGUUUGCCUCGGUACGCCCUGUUUGCAGAAGACAGUGUAGUGCAGUCUAUUCCAGAGCAUCCCAAGAAAGAAAACGUGUUCUGUCUCAGCAAUUCUUUUGGAGAUGUCUACCUAUUUCAGGCGACAAGCCAGACGGAUCUGGAAAACUGGGUUACUGCCAUACAUUCAGCUUGUGCUUCCCUCUUUGCAAAGAAGCUUGGGAAAGAGGACACCGUCAGACUGCUGAAAAAUCAAACCAAGAGUCUCUUCCAGAAGAUUGACAUGGACAGCAAGAUGAAAAAGAUGGCAGAGUUACAGCUCUCAAUUGUUAGCGAUCCAAAAAACCGGAAGGCCAUAGAGAAUCAGAUCCAGCAAUGGGAACAGAACCUGGAAAAAUUUAACAUGGACCUUUUCCGAAUGCGAUGUUACCUAGCCAGUUUGCAAGGUGGGGAGCUCCCAAACCCAAAGAGCCUUUUGGCUGCUGCCAGUCGUCCUUCAAAAUUGGCCCUGGGGAGGCUUGGCAUUUUCUCCGUCUCAUCCUUUCAUGCACUGAUCUGCUCCAGGGAUGAAGCUGCUCUCAGGAAGCGUACCCUAUCUCUGUCACAAAGAGUCCGAAGUAAGAAGGGUUUAUUUUCUUCACUGAAAGGACUGGACACAUUGGCAAGAAAAGGAAAAGAAAAGCGACCUUCCAUAACUCAGAUUUUUGAUUCAGCUGGAGGGCAUGGAUUUGCUGGUGCCCAGAAUUCAGCUAACUCUGUUGAGCAGCAAGUUGAUGAAUUCUUGAAUGUCUACUGCUCAGUGCCAGAGAGCAUCCAGAAGGAGAGUGCUUGGGAAACACAAACCUAUGUUCAUUUUUGUGAUGGCCAAGGAGUAGCGUUAACCCUCAAGCCAGAACACAGAGUGGAAGAUGUUUUAUCUUUGGCAUGCAAGAUGAAACAGCUGGAACCGAGACACUAUGGCCUGCAACUCAGAAGACUGGUUGAUGAAAAUACUGAGUAUUGUGCUCCUGAACCAUAUGAAUACAUAGUAGACCAGGUGUAUGAUGAAAUAGAAAUUUGUCCAUUAAAUGUUUAUCAUGUUCAUCUUACAAAGACUGAAAGCAUAAGUGAUUUUGGUUUUGCUGUCACAGCUCAAGUUGAUGAAAAUCAGCAUCUCACCCAUAUAUUUAUAAGUGAUGUUCUUCCUGAUGGACUGGCAUACAAAGAAGGGCUACGAGUAGGCAAUGAGAUUUUGAGCAUAAAUGGAGAGGUUGUAUCUGAUCUUGACCUCAGACAGAUGGAGCAAUUGUUUUCAGAGAGAAGUGUAAUGCUCACAUUGAGAAUUAAUCAUUAUGGAGCUCAGCAACCAUUAUGUGCUUCAUGGUCAGAUGGUGACAUUUCCAGAGACCCAAAAAGUUUGUUGCCCCCUCCAAACCAGUCACAGCUCCUGGAAGAGUUUCUGGAUAACUUCAGAAAGAGCACAGCAAAUGAUUUCAGUAAUGUACCUGAUGUCACAGCCAGCUUGAAAAGGAGCAGUACUGAUGGCACUCUGGACCAAGUGCCACACAGGGAAAAAACUGAUCCAACUUUCAGGGAAAGGGAUUUAGCAGUGAUGAACGUACUACUCUCCAAAUCCUCUCUACUUCUCUGCAAUAGUGCAGAACAGAUCAGCGCAUUGUGCCGAAAUUUCCAAGAAGUCCAGGCAAGCAGUAUGGAAGGACAGAAGGACAACCAGGAUCCGCCUCCACGACCACUGGCUCGGCACCUUUCUGAUGCAGAUAGAUUGAGAAAAGUCAUCCAAGAACUUAUGGACACUGAGAAAUCUUAUGUCAAGGACUUGAGCUGCCUCUUUGAGCUGUACUUGGAACCCCUUCAAAAUGAAACCUUCCUUACCCAAGAUGAGAUGGAGUCCUUGUUCGGCAGUCUGCCAGAAAUGCUGGAUUUCCAGAAGGUGUUUUUGGAGACCCUUGAAGAUGGAAUUUCUUCCUCCUCAGAUUUUAAUACGCUGGAAACGCCAUCCCAGUUCCGGAAAUUGCUGUUUUCCCUCGGAGGUUCCUUUCUCUAUUAUGCUGACCACUUUAAACUGUACAGCGGCUUCUGUGCAAACCACAUCAAAGUUCAGAAAGUUCUUGAGAGAGCCAAAACAGAUAGUGCCUUUAAGGCCUUUCUGGAUGCUCGAAACCCCACAAAGCAACAUUCUUCAACGCUGGAGUCGUAUCUCAUAAAGCCUGUCCAGAGAGUGCUGAAAUACCCUCUACUGUUAAAAGAGCUGGUGUCUCUGACAGAUAAUGAAAGUGAGGAGCACUAUCAUUUGACAGAAGCACUGAAGGCAAUGGAAAAAGUAGCCAGUCACAUCAAUGAGAUGCAGAAGAUAUAUGAAGAUUACGGCACUGUAUUUGAUCAGCUGGUUGCCGAUCAAAGUGGAACAGAGAAGGAGGUGACAGAGCUUUCAAUGGGAGAACUUCUGAUGCAUUCUACAGUUUCCUGGCUGAAUCCUUUCCCAUCUCUGGGCAAAGCAAGAAAAGACCUUGAACUCACAGUGUUUGUUUUUAAGAGGGCUGUAAUACUUGUAUAUAAGGAGAACUGCAAACUGAAAAAGAAAAUGCCCACUAAUGUUCGUGCUGCACAUAAUUAUGGUGACUUGGAUCCAUUUAAAUUUCGUUGGCUGAUUCCUUUAUCUGCUCUUCAGGUUCGACUGGGGAAUACAGCAGGAACAGAAAACAGCUGUAUCUGGGAACUGAUUCACACCAAGUCAGAACUAGAAGGCAGGCCAGAAACUAUUUUUCAGUUGUGCAGCAGUGACUGCGAGAACAAGACUAACAUUGUGAAGGUGAUCCGUUCUAUUUUGCGGGAGAAUUUCAGACGCCACAUAAAAUGUGAGUUGCCACUGGAGAAAACGUGUAAAGAUCGCCUUGUUCCACUCAAGAACCGUGUGCCUGCAACAGCCAAACUGGCUUCCACGAGGUCUUUGAAGGUACUGAAGAAACCCUGCAGUAGUGAGUGGAACAGUGACAUGGGGAAAGGUAACUUCCAGGAUUCUGACGAAUGCAGCUUGAGUAGCAGUACUCAGAGCAGCAGUUGCCACACCACUGAGAGCAUACAGGAGCCCAAAAAUUCAUCUCCUGAUAAACAUUUACAGAGUUGUGCAUCAGACUUUUCCAGUGUUCUUGUCAAGGAAUCCGAUAUUCUCAGUGAUGAUGAUGACGAUGACUAUCAGAGCCUAAAGAAAGGCAGCCCUACUAAAGAUAUUGAAAUACAGUUCCAGCGGCUGAAGAUUUCAGAAGACCCUAGUCCUGACUCUGAACGAGAUCAGGCUGCUGAAAACGAGGAAGGGGAUGGUUUCAAGACAGAUGAGCAUCCAAAGCUGGUGCGUGGCCAUUUUUGCCCAGUUAAGCGAAAAGUAAACAGCACAAAGCGUAACAAAGGAACUUUACUGGCAAUGCAAGAACGUCACCAAUCCCUUGACAGUCAUUCGGAUGCUGCAAACUUGGAUCUGAACUCUAUUUUAGAGAGAGAAUUCAGUGUCCAGAGCUUAGCAUCUGUAGUUAAUGAGGACUGUUUUUAUGAAACUGUGGAGAGGCACGGGAAAUCCUAGCUUUCUGAGCACUAUAUGUAAAUUGUUCAUUUUAAGUCCACAUAACAUUCAACAAACUUAUUUUGCUUUAAAACUAGUAAAUUCAUGGAAGCCGCAGGAAAACUACUAUCUAUUUGAUUUUGUGCACUAAUACAUUUUUUUCCACAAGAACAGCUGUAAAGGAGUCUUAAGUUAUUUUAAUUUAUUGCGGAUCAAAAAUAGAUUAAGUUGGCCAAGGUCUGUAAAUUAGUUUACCCCUUUCAAGCAGUUACUGAGAUUUUGUAGUAUUCUUGAGGAGGGUAAGGGAAGGAUGGCUUUGUUAGUAUUUUAAGUUAUGUGGAAAAGAUACUAGUGAGUGACAGAGAUUACAGUGGACAGUAGCUUUACAAAAGGAUUUUUUUUCAAUACCUUGGGCAUUUUAUUUCUUUGGUUUUCAUUUUUGCUUUAUUUAAAGCAGAAUUAAGUUAUUUUAAUGUGUUCUACUGCACGACAGUGCUGAAGUUUCAUUUUUUUUUAAGUUUUAAGAUGCUGUUUAUACUUUAUAUAUAUAUAU